UUCAGCUGCCGCUGCUCCUGGCCGAGGAGUCCACUGGGGGCGGCGGUCGGCCUCUCACCUUGGCAGCGCUCCAGCGCGACUCGUUCGAGUGCGGCUUUUGCGGCAUCGGCGGCGCAUCUCAGCAGAUGCGGGGCGCGACGGUGCCAUCGUGCGCCCGCUGCUUCGAACGGUAUUCGAAGGGCUUCACGCAGUUCGGCUCCUUGGAGGUCGUCCGGCAAGGCGUGCAGGACGAGGACUCGCACAUCUACGACUGCUGGGAGGAGGCCAAGCGGACUGAGAGCGGCCAGGGCGGACAGUUCUUCCCAGCGACCGUCGACGAAGGGUCGCAGUACAUCGUCUCCGUUGCGAAGCCGAUGAUCGGCUUGAACCGCCCGCAGCUGAUCUCGGAUGUGCUCGGCGGUGAGGAGCCAGAGAAGAUGGGCAUCAAGCUGCAGGACCUGCCCGACCAGGACGGGAACACUUACAAGGGCAUCAUGGUUCCGAACCCGAAUCGCCCGUAUUUGGAGCACGACGUGACGAAUCAGUGGUAUGCCAAGUUGGCCACGCACAAGAUGCAGCCAAGCCAGCAGUUGUUCGAGGCUCAGUCUUCGGGCACGUACUCCUACGUGAAGAAGGCAAUUGCGCAGGGCCCCAAGGCGAAGCUCAUCUGCGUGAAGGCGCGCACAGAGAAUCACACUCUGGAGUCCUUGGCGCCGAAGGCAGAAAUCUACAAGAAGUCUAAGGCCGACGCCGAGAAGGCGCGCCACAAUGCAGAGGAUGCGUCGGGCAGCGCUGACGUCGGCGCAGGCGGUAGCCCUAUGGCUUCGGCGGCUCCUGGGGGUGCGGCUGCUACCUCGGUUGGUCCUCUGCUGAACCCGAUUGCGAUGGCUUGCUCUCGGACAGUGUUCACUGGCGGUGGGCGCACGCCGAAGACCCCAGGGGCGAAGCCUCGCGCCGCCAGGUCGGCGUUGUCAGAGACCAAGCAGUCAGAGGUGGAGGAGCUCGUCGAGCGUCGCAUUGCUGCCCUGGACGUGAACAAGUGCUGGACAGGAACUGCCAUGGGCCGUGAGCUUCGCUGGGCCAGGGAGUCGCAUCAGCAAAUCAUGGACCAAUCUCCCUCUGCGGCGGACUUGGAGGUCGCCGACAAGCUCAAGGACCACAUCACCGUGUGCGAUGCCAUCUGCGGUCUCGUCGAGAAGCCGAUCGCGUUCGCGGUUAAGACCAGGCUCGUCGGCCUCCUCCAGGACAUUGAGAAUGGCGCCGAGGACAUGCCGAGCAAGUGGAAGCAGGACGUAUUGAAGAUGAAGGUCACUGAGACGAUCAAGGCGCCAGACCUCGAUGUGAAUACCCUCUUCUUUCACAUCGCGCCAUGGGAUACCGAUCCCACAGUUGAAGGCAGCCAUGUGUUCAAGCCCACGUGCCCCAGGGUGUGCACUUGUGACGGCAGCGUUUCGGACAAGAUUUCGAAUUCUGAGGGGUUCUUCACGGAGGCGAUGAGCUACUUCAUCCAGUUGGGCAAGGAUGGCCAGCCCAAGAUGGUCGAGUUCUGCAACGACUGCCUCGGCUGGCUCGACGAGAAGUGCCCUGAGGGUGAGAACUAUGAUGAGCUGGUCUCGACGUUGACGACGUACUUGAAGGCAGCGCUAUGCCUCUCCGACGCCACCAAGUUGGAAUACAAGGACGCGCUGGUGUCCAUGACGGAGUCCAGCAAGACCUCAGGU